AUGGAUGACCAUCAGCGGGAACACGUUAAAAGGUCUAUUAAGGUCUACUAAAGUCUUUUUCUGUCUAUCCGGGUAUAAACCAACACCACAAGAAACCUCUCUACCUCUAAGUCCAGUCGUGAAAAAUGGGAGCAACAUCGGCAGAUCUGGCGCGAACAUGAAAUGCACGCUGAGCAGAAGGAGUGCACUUUCAAACCCAAGACACGGACAGGAAGCUAUACAACUACGGUCGCGAAGGUAGAACAUGGAGGUGCAAAACAUCGGAGUUGUUCGCCAGGAGGCUCAGAUUCGUGGCCGUCCGCUGAUAGAGGUUUUGGCUCGCCAAAGAUUGGUUAAGACU